GAGGCAGCCCUCUCUCACUGGCCAGGACCAGCCCUUACACCGCUUCCCACUUGGAAAAAGAACCUUCUGCCCGACUGGCACUGAGACCUGAAGCCCAUUCGGAGCUCCGAACAUCCGCAAUACGGAGAUUCUUGGUGAUCCCGCGUCUCCAGGCUGGUGAGCAAGCUGAGCGCGCAGGAGGGAUGGGGAGCGGCGCUGUGGAGAGGGGCAGGGCUGAGAGGCGGCCAGUGCUCUUCCCCUUGCUGCUGUCUUUGUUCAGCCCGGCGCUGUCAGAGCAGAUCCGCUACAGGAUCCCCGAGGAAAUGCCCAAGGGCUCGGUGGUGGGGAAUCUCGCCAAGGACCUGGGGUUCGGCGUCCAGGAGUUACCGACUCGGAAACUGCGCAUCAGUUCAGAGAAACCUUACUUCACAGUCAGCGCAGAGAGCGGGGAGUUGCUUGUGAGCAGCAGGCUGGACAGGGAGCAGAUAUGCGGGAAGAGGCCAGCGUGUGCCCUGGAGUUUGAGGUUGUGGCUGAAGACCCGUUGAACUUUUAUCAUGUGAGUGUGGAGCUCGAGGACAUUAAUGACCACACGCCAAAAUUCACGCAUAUGUCCUUUGAGCUCCAAAUAAGCGAGUCUGCGCAGCCAGGCACACGAUUUAUAUUAGCAUCUGCCCAUGAUGCAGAUAUCGGUACCAACGCUCUACAAAAUUACCAGCUCAGUCUCAGCGAUCAUUUCUCACUCACAAAUAAAGAGAAAUCAGAUGGCAGUAAAUAUCCCGAACUCAUAUUGAAGACACCUUUAGAUAGGGAAAAACAGAACUUCUACAGCUUGACCUUGACUGCCAUUGAUUUGGGGGAUCCACCCCUCAGCAGCACUGCACAGAUACAGGUCCUAGUCACUGAUGCCAAUGAUAACCCUCCUGUGUUCAGUCAAGACAUAUACAAAGUGAGCCUUCCGGAAAAUGUAUUCCCAGGAACCACAGUGCUGCAGGUGACUGCCACUGACCAGGAUGAGGGUGUCAAUGCUGAGAUCACAUUCUCUUUCAGUGAAGCUAGCCAGAUCACCACGUUUGACCUGAAUUCUAAAACUGGGGAAAUUACUACUCUAAAUACAUUGGAUUUUGAAGAAGUAAAAGAAUAUUCCAUUGUUUUGGAAGCAAGGGAUGGUGGAGGGAUGGUUGCACAAUGUACAGUGGAUAUAGAAAUCCUAGAUGCAAAUGACAAUGUCCCGCAAGUGACAUUCCAAUCUCUACCCAACCUGAUUAUGGAGGACGCUGAGCCAGAAACACACAUUGCUUUGCUUAAAAUCCGUGACAAGGAUUCUGGACAAAAUGGAGAAGUUAUCUGUAAAUUAGAAGGUGACAUUCCAUUUAAAAUACUCACUUCUUCAAGAAACACGUAUAAAUUAGUGACUGAUGGGGUUCUAGACCGGGAGGAGAACCCAGAGUACAACAUCACCAUCAUAGCCACCGACAGGGGUAAGCCACCUCUGUCUUCCAGCACAAGCAUCACCCUGCACAUUGGUGAUGUCAACGACAAUGCUCCAGUUUUCCAGCAGGCCUCAUAUAUGGUCCACGUAGCUGAGAACAACCUUCCUGGGGUCUCCAUUGCACAAGUCAGAGCCUCUGAUCCUGAUCUAGGACCCAACGGGCAAGUCUCCUACUCCAUCGUGGCCAGCGACCUAGAGCCUAGAGCGCUGCUGUCCUACGUGUCUGUGAGCGCACAGAGCGGGGUGGUGUUUGCUCAACGCGCCUUCGACCACGAGCAGCUGCGCGCCUUCCAGCUCACGCUGCAGGCCCGCGACCACGGCUCGCCCGCGCUCAGCGCCAACGUGAGCCUGCAAGUGCUGGUGGGGGACCGCAAUGACAACGCUCCGCGGGUUCUGUACCCCGCUCUGGGGCCCGAUGGCUCAGCGCUCUUCGACACGGUGCCGCGUGCCGCCGAGCCCGGCUACCUGGUCACCAAGGUGGUGGCAGUGGACGCUGACUCGGGACACAAUGCGUGGCUGUCCUACCACGUGCUGCAGGCCAGCGACCCUGGGCUCUUCAGCCUGGGGCUGCGCACUGGCGAGGUGCGCACCGCUCGCGCCUUAGGCAAUAAAGACGCUGCCCGACACCGCCUCUUGGUCACUGUGCGCGAUGGUGGCCUGCCUCCUCUUUCGGCGACCGCCACGUUGCACCUCAUUUUUGCUGAUAGCCUGCAAGAGAUCCUACCCGACAUUGCUGAACACCCUGUACCCUCUAACCCCCAAGAGGAGCUGCAGUUUUACCUAGUUGUGUCUUUGGCCUUUAUCUCGGUCCUCUUCCUCCUUGCGGUCACUCUGGCUGUUGCUCUCCGCUUUCGACACUCCUCCCGAGCCAACGCUGGCGGCUGCUUUCAGCAUGGUUUAUGUUCCAAGUCUGGACCCGUAGUCCCCUCCAAUUACAACGAGGGAACUUUGCCUUACUCCUACAAUCUAUGUGUUGCGCAAACAGGAAAGACGGAGUUUAAUUUUCUAAAAUGUAGUGAGCAGGUUAGUUCAGGACAAGACAUACUUUGCAGUGAUUCAUCCGGAGCCUUAUUUCCACUUUGCAAUUUCAGUGAGUCAACCUCCCACCAGGUGAGUUUCCUUUAA